UUGUUGGUGACAGAUGUAACCUGCACUGAGCGCCGGACGCCAUGAUGUCCAGUACGACAGCGUAUGAGCGAUGUAACUGGUAAAUGACACCGACGUCAAUAAAAAUGAAACUCCGAAGAAGCUAGACGGUACACCUGACAGCGAUAUAGACCUAACACAAGAGGUUAUACUCUGCCUAACAAAUAUCAAUAUGACUCGAUUCAAAACACCGUCACCGCGUUGGAAAACGGUUGCCAAAAUGACAAAUAACGAGAACGUCGACUGGCUAACGAGGCUAAACGAAGUAUCACUAAUAAUUUGUGAUGAGGUCAUUACUAUGUCAACACACCCAGCAACUUCUUCACCAUCAGAGCAAAUUAGUAUCACCCCGAUUACAAAGUGUCGAACGUCUAUCAAAGGAAAGGAAACUUUGAGUAAAAGUUUGAAAAUAAAUUCUAGAAGAAAAAAUAAACAGAAAAUUCGUAGAAAAUCGACAGACUCAGUGAAUAGUAACACAAGUGAAACGACAAGAAAGCAAAGUAGAAAUUUUGGUGAAGAAGUUGACGAAUUCUACAUUGAUGACAGUUUCCCGCGUUUCCUUGACGACGAACAUGUGGACCAUGGUGCUUUACAACUUCUGGGUAACGUAGCACUUGAAAAUAGCGAUGACCAGACUGAGGGGGCGGCAGAUGACGAAAAAUCCAAUACUUUGCUCGAAGAUUUCGACAAAAGACUAAAAUCUGUCGAUAAGGGAAUGCAAGAGCGAAUAGCACGGUCACUACCAUCUGUAAAUAACCAAUGUAUAUGCCACGAGAAACCAUUGAUGAAAGAUGUGGCAGUUCAGGUGAUGUCUGAGAUUAUGGAAACCAAGCAAAUGGAGGAAAUGGCUGUAGAAAAUUCAUCAGAAACUGGUGAGAAUAUCAUUGUAAGAGUCGCAGGGUUACCCAUGGUGAACUCUGCCAUUGGUCAAGUGUCUAGCAUGUAUACUAAGACUAAAGAGUGGAAUGGAUUGGUCAAAUAUACACUGGAAACUGCAGAGAAGUCUGUUGCGACCAUCGCUGGCACCGCUAUGCCUGUAGUCAAUAAGUUGGAGAAACCAAUCAACUUGGCCAAUUACUAUGCCUGUACUACAAUGGAUAAAUUGGAGGAAGCAUGUCCCAUCAUUAACCAACCAACUGACAAGAUUGUUAGCAGUGUGGUUGAUGGCACAAAGACUGCCUGGGAUAAUACUAAGAAAGCUGGCAGUGAUAAAAUAAACUACAUGAUGCAGAAUAGAGUGGUACAAGCUUUCACUGGCACUAUGGAUGCAACAUUGUCCCUGUCAGAAAAGGUUGUGGACUCGUACUUGCCACCAGAACCAACUGAAAAUGAGGAGUAUGAAAAAGAGAAAGCAACUGAAGAUGCAGCUAACUCUGAAAAGGAGAUUAUUCCUGAUGCUGAGGAAGUUGGUGGGGAGUCGGCAGUUGCACGCGUUGUUAAUUUGUCUGGUAAAGUACGCCAUCGUGUGUAUGCACGUGCCAUGUCAAAGUUGCGAAAUGCCCAGAAGCGUAGUCGGGAAACUUUGGAUAACCUGAAAUUCACUGUUAACCUGAUUGACUAUGCCAAGGAAAACAUUGACUCUACAAAUCAGAAAGUAAAGGAUCAAGUAACGAGUGCCCAAGAUAAACUGUGGAGUACAUGGAAUGAUUGGACAACUGAAGAUGGUGAACAGUCAUCUAUUGCAGAUGAACAGGAACAAGAACAAAAAACAUUGGCUGUUGCCCGUGAUUUGGCAAAAAGAUUGAAAAUUGCAUGUGGUAAAGUAACUAGUGCUAGUCUGAAAAUAUUACCUGAUAGCAUGAUGACCCAAGUUACCAAGGCCAAGAACUUUACUGAUGAACUUUAUGACUCCUUCAAGAAUGCCAAAGUUUUCAACGACUUGCCAUCCUCAUUACUAACCCAGGCUAAGGAUGGACUAAAUCAAGUAUCUGAUAUGAUGAUGAGCGUUACUGAGUAUGCUGUCAACAGCAGAGCAUUGCAGUGGCUGGUCCCAAGUAAGGUGAAACAAGCCCUCACUUCAGGGGGUUAUGAUGUCAUUUUGGAAAGCAUCCCACCCAAUCCUGAUGAUGCCCUUGACAGCGAUGAUGAGGAUGAUGAGGACGACGAUGAGGACGACGAUGAUGAUGAAAUUGACAUUGAUGAUGAAUUUCAUACCAAUGAAGUGGUGAUGUCGCAAUGACAAUCACGAUGCGAAGCCAAAUCAUUGUUAUCCCAGUAUCUUGAAUACCUUUUUCGUAUUAUCAAUAGAUCCCAAGAUUUUAGUAUGCACGCUAGAGUGAGAGUGGACCUGAAUGACGAGAGGAUUGAGUUGGCUAUAGGUAUACUCAACUUCAAGCAACUAUUAUUCUCCAUAUUCUCCAUGGAUAUGGAGUCCUUGUCAUCUUUUCUGCAGUCAUUACCAUAUCCAGUGUACUGUCUCUUCUCUUAUUUCUUGUCUUGCUGUCCAAUAUCAUCAUCUUUUCUACCCAGUUUGCAGUAGAUGUUGUAUUGUCAAGAGUAAAAAACAUAAAUAAAUAAAUAAAUAAAUAAAUAUUGUACAAUUUGUGAAAACCAGCAUUUUGUUUUAUGAUUGGGUGUGACUAAUUAAUUCCAAUGAGCAGUGCAGAUGCCCAUUCUGCAAGAUAUUUUAUUUCUGUGUAGUUUGAGAUGUAUUGCUAACAAUUAAGUAACACGUAUUGUUUUUGUAUAGACCUGUAUACUGUCGACAUAUUUACAACUUUUGAACCCAAGUAAAAUUAAAUGCGGUUAAAUUUUGUUGAAAUCAAAAAAUGCUUCACCCACAGUUUCACUUGCAAAAAAUAGAUCUUGGACACAAAUGGCAGACAAUCUCAUUGAAAGAGAGCUACGAAAUUUGUUUUUGUCAUUCCAAUAAUGUUUCGUUCACUGCACUCAUCGUAUCCACUGUUCCUCUGGCCUAUGUAACCAUGGUAAUUGGAUCAGUGGAUGUGAUGACUGGAGAGAAUGGAACGCUGUUUGAGCGACAAGAACUUGUCUUGUGCUCUCGGCAAGAUCUCUACUGCCAUUUGUGUCUGGGUCUGUGUUAACCCUAUCCCACUACUUGAUUCGAUAAAUUCCCACAUCUAAACUUAAAAAAAAAAAAAUUAAAUUUGAUAAUCGUACUGCUGGCAAUAUGAAGUUAUAAAUCUGGUCAAGCUUUAUCUAUCGCAUUGCAGCUUUUUCUUUCUUUGACAAUACACAUCUCUGCAUUGAAUCUCCUUUUGAACCAGAACUUAACUGUAAAGUGGUUUGAAGUGUAUAUAUAUAUAUGCUACUCUCGCCAAUUGCACAUGUCUGUCUUGUAUGUAGGUACCAGAUGUACAGUUUGAUCGCCUAGAUUUUGAGUUUACUGGUGAUGACUCUGACAAUGAAGGCGAUGUUGCUGACAUUAACAGUUCAAAUUCAGGCUUGGAUGUGGAUUACUUUGACAGCAAUGGAGAAUUUUAACACCUUUGUUGUUGGAUGCUUUGUAUUUCCGACUUUGCUAUGUAGGAAUCUAGCAUAACAACCUCUGCAUAUAAUUUUAAGCUGUAAAGUCUUUUAAGAUGGUGGUGGUGCAUGCAACUAACAAAAUUCUUAAAUUUUCAAUUCCGACUCUGAAACUUGUACUGCAAUUUUACUUAAAAUGUUUCUGAAAACACAACUUUUAAAUUGUCAGUUAUCGCUCAACUGUUAUUAGCAUUUGUUUAAAUGAUAUCUAGUCAUCUCUUUACAAGUUUUCACACAUCUAUGGCUUUGCAUUCCAUAUAUACUGUAAUCAGAGACUGUUUUUAUUAGAUGCAUGUAUUACUGGAUUCCUGUUUUUGUCUGAUAAAGUGUAGACCAAACAUGUAUGCAUGAUUUUAAAUAAUUUUUUCUUUUAGGAAUUACAAACAAUAUAUGCCCUCUAAAAAAAAAAGCCAGAUUACUCUACUACUAAGAUUAGCUUCCUAGUAAUUCUGAUUGAAAUUGGUAAUUUUCUGCUAUUGUUGAGUCUGUAAAACUUUUGAUUUGUAGUGUCACUUGUGGUAAUAAAGGUUACUUACUGCAAA